AUGUCCGCCACUGUUACUAAACAACCGUCUAAAAAUGUUUCUAAAUCCAAUGCAGCAGCCACCGGAGCAGCGGGGGCGACUGGUGCACCCCCAGUUAUUCCUCUGGCCUCACCGCUGAUGGGGAAAAAGAAGAAACCGUUCCUGGGGAUGCCUGCCCCGCUCGGUUACGUUCCCGGUUUGGGUAGAGGGGCUACUGGUUUCACUACUCGUUCAGAUAUUGGUCCCGCUCGUGAUGCGAACGAUCCAGUAGACGACAGGCAUGCUCCUCCAGGGAAGAGGACUGUUGGGGACCAAAUGAAAAAAAAUCAGGAUGAUGAUGACGAAGAUCUGAAUGAUACUAAUUAUGAUGAGUUUAAUGGCUACGCGGGUAGUUUGUUCUCCAGUGGUCCAUAUGAGAAGGACGAUGAAGAAGCAGAUGCUAUAUAUUGUGCUUUAGAUAAAAGAAUGGAUGAAAGACGCAAGGAAAGAAGGGAGCUGAGAGAAAAGGAAGAAAUAGAAAAAUACCGUAUGGAGCGACCCAAAAUUCAGCAGCAGUUUUCAGACCUAAAGAGGAAACUGGCAGAGGUCUCAGAGGAGGAAUGGCUUAGCAUUCCUGAAGUGGGAGACGCCAGGAAUAAGCGCCAGAGGAACCCACGCUAUGAGAAACUCACUCCUGUUCCAGAUAGCUUUUUUUCCAAGCACCUCCAAACAGGAGAGAAUCACACCAGUGUGGACCCAUUGAAGGGGCUGGGCGGUCUUAACACACCAUACCCAGGAAGCAUGACGCCAGGCCUAAUGACACCAGGGACAGGAGACCUGGACAUGAGGAAAAUUGGUCAGGCCAGGAACACACUCAUGGAUAUGAGACUGAGUCAGGUGUCUGACUCAGUCAGCGGUCAGACAGUGGUGGACCCUAAAGGUUACCUUACGGACCUCAAUUCUAUGAUCCCCACACAUGGAGGGGACAUCAGUGACAUUAAAAAGGCUCGUCUGCUGCUGAAAUCAGUGAGGGAGACAAACCCUCAUCAUCCGCCUGCCUGGAUUGCUUCGGCCAGGCUGGAAGAAGUAACCGGGAAACUGCAGGUGGCCCGGAAUCUCAUCAUGAAAGGCACAGAGAUGUGUCUGAAGAGUGAGGACGUGUGGCUGGAGGCGGCCAGGCUCCAGCCUGGUGACACGGCCAAAGCUGUGGUAGCGCAAGCUGUUCGGCACAUGCCGCAGUCUGUCCGAAUAUAUAUCAGAGCUGCGGAACUGGAAACGGAUGUCAGAGCAAAGAAAAGAGUCCUCAGAAAAGCCUUGGAGAAUGUGUCUAAGUCAGUUCGUCUGUGGAAGACAGCCGUCGAGCUGGAGGAGCAGGAAGAUGCCAGAAUCAUGCUAAGUAGAGCAGUAGAGUGUUGCCCUACAAGUGUAGAGCUGUGGCUGGCUUUGGCUCGAUUGGAGACAUAUGAAAAUGCCCGACGUGUCCUAAAUAAGGCUCGUGAGAACAUCCCUACUGAUCGUCACAUCUGGAUCACUGCCGCAAAGUUGGAGGAAGCCAAUGGCAAUACACAGAUGGUGGAGAAGAUCAUUGAGAGAGCCAUCACCUCGCUGCGCGCUAACGGGGUGGAGAUCAACAGAGAGCAGUGGAUACAGGAUGCGGAAGAAUGCGACAAGGCUGGCAGUGUAGCCACCUGCCAAGCAAUAAUCAGAGCAGUCAUCGGGAUUGGCAUCGAAGAGGAAGACCGCAAACACACUUGGAUGGAGGACUCUGAUAGUUGCGUGGCCCAUGGAGCAUUGGAGUGUGCCAGGGCCAUCUAUGCCCAUGCUCUGCAGGUGUUCCCCAGUAAGAAAAGUGUGUGGCUUCGAGCUGCCUACUUUGAAAAGAACCAUGGAACAAGGGAGUCUUUAGAAACCCUGCUUCAGAAAGCUGUGGCUCACUGUCCAAAGGCAGAGGUAUUGUGGCUUAUGGGAGCAAAAUCCAAGUGGCUCGCUGAGGAUGUGCCUGCUGCUAGAAGUAUUCUAGCGCUGGCCUUUCAGGCUAAUCCAAACAGUGAGGAGAUCUGGCUGGCUGCAGUCAAGCUUGAGUCUGAAAAUAACGAGUAUGAGAGAGCUCGUCGUUUGUUAGCCAAAGCUCGUAGCAGUGCUCCAACGGCUAGAGUGUUCAUGAAGUCAGUCAAGUUGGAGUGGGUAUUAGGGAACAUUGAAGCUGCGCAGGAGUUGUGCACAGAGGCCCUGAAACACUAUGAGGACUUUCCAAAACUCUGGAUGAUGAAAGGCCAGAUUGAGGAACAAUGUGACAAUACAGAUAAAGCGAGAGAGGCUUACAACCAAGGGUUGAAAAAGUGUCCCCAAUCAGUAGCCCUGUGGCAGCUGACAUCACGUCUAGAAGAACGAGUGGGCCAGCUGACCAGAGCUAGAGCCAUCCUGGAGAAGGCGCGACUCAAGAACCCACAGGGUCCAGAGUUGUGGUUGGAAUCGGUCCGAUUGGAAUACCGGUCGGGACUGAAAAACAUUGCAAACACACUAAUGGCCAAAGCUCUGCAGGAAUGUCCAAAUUCAGGCAUCCUGUGGGCUGAAGCAGUGUUUUUGGAGGCCAGGCCACAGAGGAAGACCAAGAGUGUGGAUGCUUUGAAGAAAUGUGAACAUGAUCCACACGUGUUGCUUGCUGUGGCCAAGUUGUUCUGGAGUGAGCGGAAGAUCACCAAAGCCAGAGAAUGGUUCCUCCGCACGGUGAAGAUAGAGCCUGACCUGGGAGAUGCUUGGGCUCUCUUCUACAAGUUUGAACUCCAGCAUGGAACAGAGGCACAACAGGAAGAGGUGCGAAAGCGCUGUGAGAAUGCCGAACCACGCCAUGGUGAGCUGUGGUGUGCAGAGUCCAAACACGUCCUGAACUGGCAGAAGAAGACAGUAGAGAUUCUUGCACAAGUUGCAAGCAAGAUCAAAAACACAUUCUAA